CCUUAAUGAAUAAAAUUAAUAAACUGAAGAACAAUCCAUGGAGAAUCUAUGGAAUUGCUCAUGAGAAAAACUAGGGCUAAGAAAACGAACGUAAAAACGGCCUAAGGGAAAAAUAAUAAUCCUCACCCCUUAAAUGGUUUCACUUUACUCCCUUAUGAACAAUAAUCGCAUGUGUGAAAGAGCCGAUGUGUCAUUUUUUCCUCCUUUCCAUUGUUUUAUGAAUCAUUCUGACUUACUUUUUACCUUGGAAUUUUCUUCUUUCUCCUUUCUUGAUUGAUGAGUUAUUAUACUUCAGAGCUCUAGAAAUUCAACUUAGCUUGAAUGCUUCAACUUUCUCACUCUUCUGAUCCUCUCUCAGUUUUCUCGCUUUCUCUCUCUUGCAUUUCUCUUACCUGGAAGGCUACGGAGAUGAAGCAUGCUUUGCUAACAAGAGCUUCAAAAGUUUUGCCAACCAGAGCUUUGAUUUUAUUUUAUUUUAUUUUAUUUUAUUUUAUUUUAUGGGUAAAUUUUGGUUCUUUUUAGGGAACUAAUUUUGUGGAUUUUCAAUUUAUUUAUCUAAUGUGAAAACCCUAAUUUCAGGGAAAAAUAUUCAUAAAGAAGAAAUGGAGAGAAGAGGAAACUUCGGAUACAAUAUGGCGUGGUUAAGAAGGCAUAUCAUUUACUUCGAUUUACUGAAUUUCGAUCUUAUUAUAUAAUCCUACAGAAUUUAUGUUAUCAUAUAAUUAAUUAACAUUUCACUAUUUGUAAAAUAGACUGAGAAGGCCUUGAAGCAGCAAAGUGUUUAUGAGCUUGAAGAAAACAGGAAAGGGAAAGCGUCCCGGGAAAAGAGGAAACAGGUUAUGGAAGAUCAUUAGUUUGGAAUUCAAGACUCCCAGAUAAGCUAUUGAAGUCCCUUUUCUAGGUGGACAAUUGAGUCUGAUGAGGAGAGAGAAAGAAGAGAAUGAUACUAUAAAAUGGCGCAACACAAUAGUGGGAUACCCAUGAUUGAAAUCUACCGGUCUUUGGUUAAUAAAGUUGAUAAGAAAUUCGCUAAGAUCAGGGAUUUCCCUCUUUAUGAACGCAAUAGGGCGGUUAUUAGCCCUGAGGGUAAAUCGAUCGUUGAUUGUACCAGGGAAGGACCGUUGUUUGUCAAGGAAGAGGCGAAUUGUUGUGUUAGAGCUGGUGGGAAUAGUUGGUGCUGAUCCCAUGUUGCUAAAGAACCUUGUUUAUGAUGUUCCUUUUGCUGAAAAUAUCAUUAAGACUCCUAUUUCCACUGGUUCAGGGAUUGUACGAGGUUCGGGUCUUGAUAUUGGUGAUUUACUAAGGUGGAAGAUGCUUUUGGAGAAAGCUCAUGGCAAUUGGAAAGCUCAAGAUGCAAGGAAGUGGAUUAUCCAAGUUCUAGCUCUUGCGCUUUCAAGCCGUGCUCUCAUGAAGAAUGGGUGUUGAACCCAUAAUCAAGUGCUUUUGGGACUGCCUCUCUUAGUGUUUAUCAUCAUCAUGUUGCGCAUUCAUUCGAAGACCUUAGCGAACACACGAAGCCGCGAGAAGAUUGAAGAAACCCAGAAACGCACAGGCGCGCAAAGCACGAGAGCGGGCGCACAACCCCUAUGCGCGGGCGCGCUACUCCUGCUCAUGCAGCCGUGCCUCUCUGGGUACUUCCUUGCUCGGUUUUUUGUCGCGCCUCCUAUAUAUAUCUUUGUAACCCAACUUGUGGGGAAAGUUUUAGAAUAGGUUUUGGGGAGAAUUAGAAUUCAUAAUUUUAGCUUAGUUGAGAGCUUCUCUCUCUAGUUUUAGGGUUAGUUUAGGAGUAGAUUUUAGAGAGAGAAA